AUGCGACGGUCUUAUUCUGAUUCCACGCAGAGCUCAUUUGAGGGUACCCCCUCGUCAUCAGCACCAACUCCGUCGCAUUCUCAAUCAAACAACCAAAUUAUUGAACCAAACGAUACGCCAAAUACAUCUAGUGCAUAUUUCAAUUAUAGUCAUGCUAAUGAUUGUAAUAAUAAUCCAACAAGCAACAAUAGCAAUGACAUUCAUAACAGUAACAACAACAGCUCAUUUUAUUUGAGUAUACCGCUAAGAGAGCUUGACGAUGCAAAUAAUCCACGAUCAGCAACAAAUGCUCUUCAGUGCGAUGCCACUGAUGAUCCUAAUUCAAAUGCAAUCAUGUCUUCCUCAGUGAUCAAUCAAUCGAAUCAUCCAAACGAAGCUUUAAAUCCAACUUCCACUGAACUUCAGCCCUCUUCAUCGUCCGCAUCGAACGAUCAAAGCAGCGAUAUUGAUAUCCAAAUCCGUAAUGUUGUCUGUAGUUAUACCCUUCCGUUCCACAUUGAUUUACGGCAAGUUGCACUCAGCUCAUCGGCGGUGACGUUCGAUCGAGGACGUGGUGUACUGCUGAAGCAGAAACGGAACCCAUCAUGUUUCGCCAAAAUCUACAGCUCCGGAAAGGUUUAUUUGGUUGGGUGCCGUUCCGAAGCGGAAUGUAAACGAGCCGCACGAGGGGUGGCUAGAAUGCUGCAGCGCAGUCUUUUGAAGACACGAUACUCCAUUCGAAUGCGCAACUAUCGUGUGUGCAAUGUAUUGGCCACUUGCAAAAUGCCUUUUGGAAUUCGAAUCGAAGAACUGGCGCAGAAGUAUCCGAGCGAAUCCGAGUACGAACCAGAGCUAUCGGUGGGUCUCGUGUGGCGAUGCACCGAUCCGAAAGCCACACUUCGUAUCCACACAACGGGUAGUAUCACAGUGACGGGUGCAGUCUCUGAACUGGAUGUGAUGCGUUCCAUUGAACUCAUUUAUCCAAUUGUGCAAGAAUUUAAAUGUGCGUAUCGUUUGCGUGCAACAGAUGAUAAAGAAGCGAAAGCGCUGAAGAAACGAAUGAAACGUCAUAUUGUUGGUGUUAACAAUAAUGGCGUGAGUAACGGCUUGUUGAAUGCAAAUAAACGGAAGUGUAUAACGGAACAGCUCGCAGGCGGUUGUUCGAGUCGUGCAAAUAACUCGCCGAUACCAACAAAGGCUGUCAGAGAGAGUCAUUCGGGAGCGAUCGGGAAUCUGAUGUAUUUCAGUGAUGAAGAUGACGAAGAGGAUUUCUGA